UGGCUUCCUCUUUCUCCGGAAGUAGCCGACAGGGUUCUGACGCACGCUGUCACUUUUGCUGACGAAACUGCAAAUCUGGAUCUAAACUCUUCACAAAGGGAUUUCACAAAAGAGAGGACUUAUAUUUCCAGCAGAUAACAGGUUCAGUGUUAAAAAUGCCAGUGUGAACGCUAAGUGAACCAGGACUAAAUGUAUCAUUUUCUUUUUUGGACCGGACCAAGAGAACCGAACUACAAUAUAAAUACUCGUCUGUUAUGUCCCGUUUUUUCGCCACCGGAUCCGACAGUGAGUCGGAGGAAUCCUCAUCCGCUGAUGAGAUCACCCCCAAAGCAUCUGGGACUGCUAUAAAGCAGGCCCUGUUGCUGAGCGAUGAUGAGGAGGACACAAAGAGAGUGGUACGCAGUGCCAAGGACAAGAGGUUUGAGGAGCUCACCAACUUGAUCAAGACCAUCCGCAAUGCCAUGAAGAUCCGAGACAUGUCCAAAUGUCUAGAGGAGUUUGAGCAGUUGUGUCGAGCGUUCCUCAAAAGUAAAACAAUCGUGGACAAAGAGGGCGUGCCUCCAUUCUACAUCCGCCUGCUAGCUGAUCUGGAGGACUACCUUAAUCAGUUAUGGGAGGACAAGGAAGGGAAAAAGAAGAUGAACAAAAACAACGCAAAAGCCCUGAGCACGCUUCGCCAGAAGAUUCGCAAAUACAACAGAGACUUCGAGACAGAGAUUGCCAGCUACAAAGAGAACCCAGAGCAGUCCGCUGAAGAAGAGGAAGAAAAAGAUGACAUUGAGAGCGCAGCAUCCUCAGAGAGCGAUGAUGAUGAAGAAAAUGGCAUUUCAGCCAAGAAGUUCAUGAAGAAAAAGCCUCAAGAGGAGGAGAAGAAAGGCCCAGAGGCCAGCAAGUUCCUCAAGGGUGCAGCUACUGAAGACUCUGAUAGUGAUAAAGAUGACGAUGAUGAUGAUGAUGAUGAUAACUGGGACUCUGAUACAGUGGACAGCGGAAGUGAGAGUGAAGGCAAUGAAGGAGGUGGAGCAACACUGGCUGAAUCCUUCCUCAAAAAAACUUCAGAUGGCAAGCAUUUAGACCAGAAGAAGGAAGAAAAGAAGAAGAGACUCAAAAAGAAGGAGCGAGUGGAGGAAGAGAUUGAGGAAGAAGGAGAGGCUGAAGAGGGAGGAUGGGAGAAGGUGAAGGGAGGCGUGCCGCUGGUGAAGGAGAAGCCCAAGAUGUUUGCUAAAGGCACAGAGAUCAACAAUGCUGUGGUGAUCAAGAAACUCAGUGAGAUCCUACAGGCACGAGGCAAGAAGGGAACAGACAGAGCUGCACAGAUUGAACUCCUUCACGCUCUCGCAGUCAUCGCUAAUGAGAAUAACCUCGGUGAGGGCAUCCUGGUCAAGAUCAAGUUCAACAUCAUCGCCUCCCUGUACGACUACAACCCCAACCUGGCUGCCUUCAUGAAGGCGGAUAUGUGGAAAAAGUGUUUGGACUGCAUAGAUGAGCUACUGGACAUCCUGUUUAACAACACCAACAUCUUCAUUGGAGAAAAUAUUGCAGAGGACAGUGAGAAUCUUGCCAUCUCUGACCAGCCGUUCCGUGUACGUGGCUGUAUUCUGACUCUGGUGGAGAGGAUGGAUGAGGAGUUCACUAAAAUCAUGCAGAACACAGACCCUCACUCACAAGAGUAUGUUGAUAACCUGAAAGACGAGAGCCGUGUGUGUGGCGUCAUUGAUCGUCUGCUGCAGUAUCUGGAGACGAAAGGCAGCACAGAGGAAGUGUGCCGCGUCUACCUGCGCAGGAUCAUGCACACUUACUAUAAAUUUGACUACAAAGCCCAUCGUCGCAGCCUGGGCCUACAAGGAGAGACUAAGUCCGAACAGGAUCAGGAGGAGAGUGAGGGAGAGGAUAGUGCUAUUAUCAUGGACCGUUUGUGUAAGUUUAUCUACGCCAAGGACCGCACUGACCGUAUCCGCACCUGCGCCAUCCUGUGCCACAUCUACCAUCAUGCCCUGCAUAGCCGCUGGUACCAGGCCAGAGAUCUCAUGCUCAUGAGCCACCUACAAGACAACAUUCAGCAUGCCGACCCACCUGUCCAGAUCCUGUACAACAGGACUAUGGUGCAGCUGGGUAUCUGUGCGUUCCGUCAGGGCAUGAUCAAAGAUGCCCACAACGCCCUACUGGACAUCCAGUCCAGUGGUAGAGCCAAAGAGCUGCUGGGACAGGGACUCCUCAUGAGGAACAUGCAGGAGAGAAAUGCCGAGCAGGAGAAGAUCGAGAAGAGGCGACAGGUGCCGUUCCACAUGCACAUUAACCUUGAGCUUUUGGAGUGUGUGUACCUGGUGUCUGCCAUGCUGCUGGAGAUCCCUUACAUGGCAGCCCAUGAGUUUGAUGCCCGCCGCAGGAUGAUCAGCAAACAGUUCCACCACCAACUGAGGGUGGGCGAGAGACAGCCACUACUGGGCCCUCCUGAGAGCAUGAGGGAGCACGUUGUGGCUGCUAGCAAGGCCAUGAAGAUGGGCGACUGGAGGACCUGCCAUUCCUUCAUCAUCAACGAGAAGAUGAACAGCAAAGUGUGGGAUCUGUUCCCCGAAGCGAAGUGUGUGCGAGAAAUGCUCGUCAGGAAGAUUCAGGAGGAGUCGUUGCGCACUUACCUUUUCACCUACAGUAGUGUGUAUGACUCACUCAGUAUGGAGACUCUAUCAGAGAUGUUUGAGUUGGAGUUACCCACAGUACACAGUAUUAUCAGCAAGAUGAUUAUCAAUGAAGAGCUCAUGGGAUCUCUGGACCAGCCGACUCAGACAGUGGUAAUGCACAGGACAGAACCCACGUCCCUGCAGAACAUGGCCCUGCAACUGGCUGAGAAAUUGGGUGGCCUGGUAGAGAACAAUGAACGCGUGUUUGACCUCAAACAGGGUGUCUAUGGAGGCUACUUCAACAGAGAUCAGAAAGGAGGUUACCAGCAGAAGCAAGGCUAUCAGAGAGCUCCAGACCAGAGGGGAGGUUACCAACAGAAGCAAGGUUACCAAAGAGAUCAGAAAGGUGGCUACCAGCAGAAACAGAACUACCGAGGAGGCUACAGGUCCCAGAACCAGGGCAACUACUGAUCCCAGUGCGGCCUGCUCCAAACAUGCCUUCAUUCCAGAACCAUAUUGCAGGUUCCUCUGCUUGGCUCUUCACCCACCUACAACUCCAUAUCUGUUUCAGUACAUCAGCCUGCCUGCGUUACAGUGCUGUAGUUGCUGAUAUCACAAAAUCAUUUAAACUCAAUUUUAUUGUUAAAGACACCAUAAUUAUCUACAACUUUUAUAGUGAGUGUGCAAGUUUUCAGCUUGUGGUGCAAGUGGCAGAUUUGGGGACAGCAGUAUGCUUGGCUGGAAAGAAAUAUCAAGUUACUUGUUUUACAAACUGAUGAAUUAAUAAACGUUAUUCAGUCAA